AUGUUCAGAAAAGUACUUUAAAAUUUUACAAAAAAGAAAUUAAAAAUAGAUAAUUAUGGAUAGAAUUUAUAGGAUCCUUAUUAAUAUCAUAAAUCACUAAAUAAAUUAAAAUCUAUAGAUCCAAAAUAUAAAUCAUUAUUAGAUGAACCUCAUUUCUAAAAAGUAUUUAUUUUAAUUAUUCCAGCUUGCAAAUUUUAGAAAGGAAUAUUUACUCAAUUUGACUAGAUGGCCAGAUGAUAAUGAGGUUUUGAUUGACAUUGAUAAAUUCAAUUUUUUCGAAUAUAUUAAAUUUCUUUCUAAAAGCAAAUUUGAUGAUUUAGAGGAAAAAGAUUAAUUCCCAUAUAGAGCAUUUCAAGCAAUCUUACUGUUUAUUUUAGUGGAAGUUUUAAUAAACCUUUAUUAUUAUACUUGCAAAGAUUAAUAUAAAGAAUAUUAAAGAGAAGACAUAAAACCUCAUUAUAAUUAUAAAAAUUUAGAAAAUGAAUUAAGAUAUUCAAUAUUAUUAUUUAAUAGAUCAGUCAAUUGA